CUUAUAUAAAGGAAUAUUUGUUUUGAGUCUUUUCUCACUUUUAUUCUCAAAAACUCUAUGUAUAGUGCUCUCUUUUCUCAAUGGCACAAGGUUCUGAGAUCAUCAAAUAUGAAGAGGAAUUUAUACAAAAUUCAAGAGGAUUGAAGCUCUUUACUUGUCGAUGGAUUCCUGCGAACCAAGACCCCAAAGCUUUGAUUUUCCUUUGCCAUGGUUAUGCAAUGGAGUGUAGCAUCUCAAUGAAAGGAACUGGGAUUCAACUUGCAAAGGCUGGGUAUGCAGUAUAUGGAAUAGAUUUAGAAGGCCAUGGGAAAUCCUCUGGAUUACAAGGUUACAUCCCAAGUUUCGAAAAUAUCGUUAACGAUUGCGAUGAACAUUUUACGAAUAUUUGUGAGAGGAAUGAGAACGAAAAGAAGAAGAGGUUUAUAUUUGGCGAGUCUAUGGGAGGAGCUUUGGUCCUUUUGUUACAUAGGAAGAAGCCAACAUACUGGGAUGGUGCUAUUUUGGUUGCACCCAUGUGCAAGGUUUGA